AUGGCAGCAGUGGAUUGGGCACCGCUAUGUAUCGUUGAUCUGGCAGGCUAUGAUAGUCUGUCGAAACGUGCCGAGAUUGCCAACCAACUCAAAACUGCUGCUACGACAGCAGGUUUUUUUGUGGUUGUUAAUCAUGGAAUACCACGAAAGCAGGUGGACGAUAUGUAUGCUCUACUAAGAACCUACUUUAAUCAAUCUGCUCAAGAGAAAUUGAAGCACGUUAUCUCACAAGAUGGAAACUAUGAGGGAUACACUCCGGUUGGCAUGCGUGUUGGACUUUUAUCAGAAGUCUAUAACAUGUAUACAGUCCCUAAUCCACCAUUCAAACGGGACAAGCCCGACCUAUUCAAGCAGAACCUGGCACAAGUGGAAGCCUUCCAACGCGCUACUCAUUCGGUCUGCUUGAAACUUAUGGAAUUACUUGCUAUCAUGUUUCAAGUACCCGAAUCUGCUGGAGGCACGUCCUAUUUCACGAAAAGGCACGACUUUGAGGAGAAAUCUGGAUCGGUUUUGAGAAUGAUGAAAUAUCCUGCGAGAUCUGUGGAAGAGGAUGCCAAGAGCGCGAAUGUUCGUGUUGGUGGACAUACGGACUUUGGAUCACUCACUCUCAUGUUCAAUCCUGAACUUUCUGCCUUGCAAGUGCUUGGAUCUGACAACAAGUGGAGAUUUGUGAAACCUUACCCUGGUGCCUUAAUCUGCAAUAUCGCUGAUUCGCUGCAGUACAUGACGGGUAAUGUCUUGAAAUCAACUCUGCAUCGAGUGAUGAGACCUGUUGGAAUGAAUCAAGAACCGAUCAAAGAUGUAGAUCGAUAUAAUUUGCUAUACUUGUUGCGUCCCUCGGAUCAUAUACGAUUGGAGGCCGUGCCUUCACCUAUUGUGCCACGACGAGAGGCUACUCAAGCUGCUCCAACUGCUGCUGAAUACGUGCAAGCUCGCAUUCGUGCGGGCUUCCAAGGCCGUGAUGCUGACCGAAAGAAGCUACAAAGCAAGGCCGUCAAAGAAUCUGGCCGAGAUUUGAAGCGCGUGGAACUUAACUGA